AUGGCCAGCAGCAUGGAGUUCAUCAAGGGCAUCGAGGAGCCCACCAUCCCCGACGUCAAGCUCACCCGCAGCAGGGACGGCGCCAGCGGCACAGCGACCUUUGUGUUCCAGAACCCGGCCAUCUUCGAGGCCAGCAGCGAGCUGGGCGACAUCACGGGGCUGUACAUGAACGACGACGAGGGCACCAUCCAGACGGUGGAUGUGCAGGCCAAGUUUGUGAACGGCAGGCCGGACAAGAUUGAGGUCAAAUACGUGAUGCGCAGCUCGUUCGAGUGGGAUCGCUUCAUGCGCUUCAUGGAGCGGUAUGCUGAAGACAAGGGGCUUGGAUUUCAGAAGAGCGGCUGA